AUGUCUGCUGAAUCUGUGAGUGAUAAAGGCUCUUCAGGCACCCCACCAGUGGUAAAUGAAACUACUGUCAAUAAUGCGACAGGCCCAAAGAAAGUGGUCCCAAGGGUCGAAGGACUACGCUCCAACAAUAUCCAUCUUUUCAACCUGGAGGAAAAGACUUAUGGUGUCAAGAGAAUUGAAGUUCUUGCUAAACAGUACAAGAGCCCACUUGCUUACGUCGUAUUUUUCUUCUCCAUCUUUUUGGUCGCAUACGCUUACGGUUUGGAUGCUACAAUGAGAGGAACUCUGCAGUCUUACGCAACCUCCUCAUACGCUGAACAUUCCCGUAUUGCUACCGUUAACGUUGUUAGAUCUGCAACUUCUGCCCUGGCUCAACCAAUUUAUGCCAGAUUGUCAGACAAUUUUGGGCGUCUUGAGUUGUUCCUGGUAUCCAUCGUUUUGUACGUCGUGGGAACCAUUGUUAUGUCCCAGGCUUACGAUUUCCCCAGAUUCGCCGGUGGUUCUGUUUUAUGGCAAUUCGGUUACUCUGGUGUUAUCAUCUUAAUACAAAUUAUGUCUGCUGACGCCUCCACUUUGAACUGGAGGGUUGCAUGUUCUUUUGUUGCAGCUCUGCCAUUUAUUAUCAAUACCUGGGUUUCAGGUAACAUUAUUGAAGUGGCUUCUACCAACUGGUCUUGGAAUAUUGGAUUCUGGGCUUUCGCAUUCCCUUUGGCUUGUCUUCCACUUAUCGGAUGUUUCCUGCACAUGUGGUUUUUGUCCAUCAAGAAUGGUGACAUGAGGAGACUGAAGGAGGAGGACCAAUCUGAUUUCCGAAAGUUAGGAUUCAAGAAGUUCAUGGUUGAGGUAUUCUUCUGGAAGUUGGAUUUUGUUGGUCUGUUUUUGUUGACUUUGGUUAUUGGUCUAAUCUUGGUUCCAAUUUCCGUUGCUGGAGGAAUAGAAAACCAAUGGGCUACUGCUGAUAUCUUGGUCCCAUUCUUCCUAGGUUGGGCUUGUAUUCCUUUCUUUGCCGUAUGGGAGAUCAAAUAUGCCCGUAACCCAUUGUUACCUUCUGAUAUGGUUAAAGAUCGUGCCGUUUGGUCAGCAUUGUUCAUUGGUGUUUUCUUGACUUUUAUUUGGUACAUGCAAGGUGAUUUCUUGUACACUGCUUUGGUCGUUUCAUUCAACGAAUCUACUAAAUCUGCCCAGAGAAUCGCCUCCUUGUACUCGUUCGCAUCGGUUAUUACAGGUUCUCUCCUCGGUCUGGUUUUGGUCCGUAUUAGAAGAUUAAAACCAUUCGUUUUGUUUGGUGUUUCUGGCUGGAUGCUUGCCUUUGGUCUAUUGAUCCACUACAGAGGUGACACUCGUUCCCACGGUGGUGUUAUUGGUGCCCAAGUCCUGCUUGGUUUCUUUGCUGGUUUUUUCACCUACCCUGUGCAAGCAUCUAUUCAGGCAGUUGUUGACCAUGAACGUAUGGCUAUUGCCCUUGCGCUCUACUUGACCUCUUACAAUAUUGGUGGUGCCAUUGGUGGUGCUGUCUCUGGAGCUGUCUGGCAAGAUAUCAUGCCAAGAGAAUUGGAAAAAGGUUUUGCUGACUUUACCAACACUACCUUGUCAGUCUUCGCCUAUGGAUCUCCAUUUGAGUUUAUCCUUGAGUAUCCAUGGGGAACUCCAGAGAGAAUGGUUGUAGUUGAAGCUUACAAGUACACGCAGAAGAUCUUGUGUAUCAUCGGUGUCUGUUUGUGUAUUCCUUUAAUUGGGGCUGCUUUCUUGCUGAGAAACCCAGAACUGAAGUCUGUGCAGUCAUUCGAACUGGAUGUCUCAACCACCACUGAUGAAGACGGUGAAAAGUACUAUGAGACAGAAGGCUACAAAGCUGAGAAGAACAGCUUGUGGCAACGUAUGAUGAACCUUUUCAAACUUUGA